AUGUUUCCCAGCUUGUUUGUUCCUGUUGCCAACGAGACAGACACUUUUUUCGACGCGUACGAGUGCACCAGCCGGACAGAGCUCGACAGGCUGUUUGCGCUGAACGACGCUGCCAUUUGCGGCGAAAACGAAAUCGACGGGUUCCUUGCCAAGCUCGCUGACCUGCACCACGUUGUUCUGCGCAGAGAGCCCGGGUUCGUGACCCUGUGCAAGCCGGAUCUCGAAUUCCGGUUUCCGUUGACGCGAUUAGCAGACGAUAUGCUCGCGGCGGCUCGAAAACAGUUUCUGGCCCACGUGGGGCGGCUGGGCGCGCUCGAGUCGAGUCUGGUGGCCAGUCUUGCGCACGAGCUCAACAAGAAGAACCAGAUCAUUCUGAAACUCGCCGCCUCCAUCGCACAGGACUAUCUGGGCAACACCCUCGAACAGGACGAGGCGAUUUUGCAGAGCGACGAGAUCCAGCGUCUUUUCCUCCAGACAGGCACGCUGCGCAGCUCGCUCGGCUCUUCGUUCAAACAGAUCAAAGACGAGACCGUGUCAAAAUUUAAACAGUCCGACAUGUCGUCUGCACAGGCCCUGAAAAAUUUAUUCAUAUCGCACGCAGAACUAGAGCCUGCUAGACCAUCCAAACGCCGCAAACCGAAUGUCCAGACGACCGUCCCCGACACGAGCCCGAGAAAACGGCUCAGAGACCACAGUUACAACUUCCCUAUCAAACAGAGAAGAACCCGCUAA